UGGCGUCGCUCGCGACUCGGCAGACGAACAGGCCCCGCUGUCGGGAUUGACAAUUUCGCUUGGCUAUGGCGUCUCCGUGAACGGCAGUUGUUUGCAAGGAUGCAUCGGACAACCCGCCUGAAGAUAACCGACAUCAACCCCCACCUCAUCUGCGUUCUCUGCGGGGGCUACUUCAUCGAUGCCGCCACCAUUAUCGAAUGCCUGCAUUCUUUCUGCAAGACGUGCAUCCUGCGGUAUCUCGAGACGAGCAAGUACUGCCCCAUCUGUGACGUCAUGGUCCACAAGACCCGCCCACAUCAAAAUAUCAGAGCCGAUAAGACUCUCCAAGACCUGGUCUACAAGCUAGUUCCGGGGCUGUACAAAGGCGAGAUGAAGCGAAGGAGAGAAUACUUUGCCAUAAAUUCAGCCAAAGACGCGCCUAAAGCCCCGAGCGAAGCCCGAGGGGACGAGAUGGCAGAACGCUUCAUCUAUACGUCAGACGAGAACAUCAGCAUGUCGCUGGCAUACUGUCAAGAAGGAAUUCCUGAUCCCGAAGUACUGCGGAGAAUGAGGCAGGAGCAUCUGAAGAAAGGAAUCUCCAGCCCCAAGAACGGAGAGAAUCGGGACGUCCGGUACCUACAGUGUCCGGCCGCAGUUACAAUCUCACAUCUGAAGAAAUUCAUCCGACUUAAAUACGACCUGCCACUGAACUACCAGAUCGACAUUUUCCACACAGACGAAGCCCUACGGGAAUAUUACACCUUGAUGGAUAUUGCAUAUAUAUACACAUGGAGGCGGAGAGGCCCGAUGAGGUUAUACUACACCAUAUAUGAGCGUAAACUGAAAAGACUGCACGACCAAGCUAUGUUAGAAGAAGCCGAAUCCUGCUGCCACGUGCCCACCAAAACCGCCAAGACGAUCAACGACAACGACAACGAAAUUGUGACCGCAACAACAAUGUUGAACGUACCAACGGUACAAACAGAAAAAGACACUUCCGAAGACAAGGGGAAAGAAAUAACCUGUCCCAAAUCAAAUGACCCACCCUGUCCUAAAGCUAAAGACACCCCAUGUCCCAAAGCGAAAGAUCCACCCUGUCCUAAAAUCAUCGUGGAACCGAAAGGAAAGGUUCUCACCAAUUCCAAAGAGAAAGACUCUGUGAAAACAACUGUGUCUAAAUGUCAGGCAGAUAUAGUGAAAGUUGUUUCGCAAUCAACCACCAAAGAAUCUGAACCCAAAAAACAAACGGAGAACAAGAAACCAGGUCCAGAAACGAAAAAGACAGUCACUGACGCUAAAAAGGGCUCCCAUGAUGCCAAAAAGAGUAUUCAAGAAGCGAAGAAAACUUCCACGGAGGUGAAAAAACCACUACAGGAAGUGAGAAAGCCUUCUGAUGUUAAGAAACUUGCUAAUGAGGUUAAGAAGCAAGCGGAUGGCAAGAAACCCCAGACCGAACUUCGGAGAAUUGAACCAAAGAAAACCACUAUUGAGGUGAAGAAACCGCCGACAGAUGUGAAGAAGAUGUUGAAUGAUGUGCGGAAUGACAACAAGAAACAAGCAGAAACAAAGAGGCCAGCAGACCCGAAGAAACAUCAGACUAUUGAACCCAAGAAAAGCAUCGAAAAUGGCAAAACCGAGGUCAGAAAGACCCACUCUGUUGGUCGCAAACAGGCAGAACCAAAGAAGUUAUCAAUGCCAAAUAUGAACGGACAUUUCACAAACGGUCAUGGUGCCUACGACCUGAGCAAAGCCACCCUUGACGAAUCUGGACUUUUUAAAAUUCCAAGAAGGGAUGAACCUUUGAAUUUGGUGAAGAAAGACAAAACCCAACCCCUGAAAUUGAACGGAGGUUUUAGCCCGAGACCGGAUAUGAAUGUGGCGACUUAAGCGUUGUGAGAUUCUUGCCAAGAUUGGAUAUUACUGUGUGUGAGCUUGCUCCAAAGGAUAUAUUUUAUGGAAUCACCGUAUUGGUGAAGAAAACCGGUGGUUUGAAUACACAUUGAUGUGAAGGAUACACGUGGAACGAUAUUCUGUGGAUGUAUAAUAUAUAUCUCUGUGUACUAAGUGUGCCCAAAUCGGAAUGUACAAAGUGAUGUUCAUGAACCGGAUACUUACCUGUGCAAGCAGAUGUAUUCUCCAUAUUUCAAUCUGGCCUUUUAAUAAUGAACACUUCGAAGACGUGUGGAUUACUAUCCGUGACAUGUUGGGUGUAUAUAUUUACUUACAUGAGACUGAACCCUCUGGGCAGGUGUUCCUGGACGACUCCAAGGUCAAGUGUACAUAGAUUGUAUUAACGGUCUAAGACUGAUUUUAAGUUAUUCUGUAGAACUUAGCGCAUCACCUAGUGCUGAGCAAGACAACUGCCAUUUUACUUGCAUUUAUAGCUAAUGCAUUAGACGCUGUGACAAAUUGUGUUGAUUCGUGACUAUUGGAUAACUCUCCUUCGUUGGAUUUUACCAGAUGAUUGUGAUUGGUUCAGACUUCUUCCUCGUUCGUCUUUGGCUUACGAGAAGUUUCAAAUUACCGAUAAAUUUCGAUUGGCUAUAGAUGAAGAUUCAGUUGGUUACAAACGAUUUUAUUCAUUUGGGAUCGCGAAACGAACGAUAACGACGAAAUAAGUCUGCGGUUAGUUUGGAUGUGUACAAAUUAAUGUAUUUGAUUACUUAGGAGAUUGUGAUAGAAAAUAAAAAUAAACGACAUGAUGUAA